CCGAGCGGGCAGGUACAGGGCUGCGGGGGACGGCAGCGGCAUGACCGGCCACCACGGCUGGGGCUACGGCCAGAACGACGGCCCCUCACAGUGGCACAAGCUGUUUCCCAUUGCCCAGGGAGAGCGCCAGUCCCCCAUCAACAUUGUGUCGAGCCAGGCUGUGUACUCGCCUAGCCUUAAGCCACUGGAGCUGUCCUAUGAGGCCUGCAGGUCUGUCAGCAUCACCAACAACGGACACUCAGUUCAGGUGGACUUCAAUGACAGCGACGACCGAACCGUGGUCACUGGGGGGCCCCUGGACGGGCCCUAUAGACUCAAGCAAUUCCAUUUCCACUGGGGCCAGAAGCACAGCGUGGGCUCAGAGCACACAGUGGAUGGCAAGUCAUUUCCCAGUGAGCUGCACCUGGUUCACUGGAAUGCCACAAAAUACAGCACCUUUGGGGAGGCAGCCUCGGCACCUGAUGGCCUGGCUGUGGUCGGUGUCUUUCUGGAGACAGGGGAAGAGCACCCCAGUAUGAACCGCUUGACUGAUGCACUCUACAUGGUUCGGUUUAAGGGCACCAAGGCCCAGUUCAGCUGCUUCAACCCCAAGUGCCUCCUGCCUGCCAGCCGGCACUACUGGACCUAUCCUGGCUCCCUGACAACACCCCCACUGAGCGAGAGUGUCACCUGGAUUGUGCUUCGGGAGCCCAUCAGCAUCUCUGAGAGGCAGAUGGAGAAAUUCCGGAGCUUGCUUUUCACCUCAGAGGACGAUGAGAGGAUCCACAUGGUGAACAACUUCCGGCCACCACAGCCACUGAAGGGGCGAGUUGUCAAGGCCUCCUUCCGGGCCUGAACUACCUGCCUUCCCCUUUGGCCACUAGGCACCAUCCUACCAAGGGCUUCCAUGUCAGCAGACACCAAACCAUCUGGGCUCUCUACCUGGGGGUGCUGUGGACACCCUCCAGGCAGCUUGCUCUUUAGCCACUCUGGAGGCUUCUUGAUAGGGCCUUGGAAUUGGGGUCCUCCUCCUGCUGCCCUGGGGAGAGGAAGGCCCAGAACUGAGCCUGGGUCCAGCCUGUGGUCACCUCAACUCUCUGGGAUGAACCCAAAGUCUCACCUCCCUCGACUUGCCUCCCCCAUCCCCGGAGCUCACACUGUGAUUGAUGGACGAAAUCAGGGUUGGUGGGGCAGGCUGCAGGCAAAAGCAGAAAGAUUCAAGCUCAAGCAAUAAUCAGAGGUGGGCAGAGCUGCCCUCUCACAUUACCUCUUCUGCAGGCCUCCACCACAUGCACACCUCACUGCCAGGCCGCUGAAAUCAGCACCCAGUGGCUGGAGGGGCCACGGCCUUCUCCCUCUGGCUACAUGCUGCCUUGCCCGGCUCUGGCAAUAGCUUCCCUAAUACCUUCUCAGCAUUCCCUUCCCUACCUGCCAGCCACCAAAGCCACCCAGGUCAUAAGCCAUCCUCAUAUUGGUUAAUAAAUUCAUGCAUCCAUGCAGCAAA